ACCCUCCCUGAAACCUCUCGUCGUCGGAGGCAGCAUUUGAUCUGUAAAACUCGGGAGAAUACGAGGUUGUCGCGGAGACGAAAAGCUCUCGCCGAGGAGGAGACCGACGAUGUCGUCGUUUCUGCAGUCGUUCCUGGAUCCGAAGAAGAACUGGCUCGCCGCUCAGCACAUGAAGACCAUCUCCAAGCGCCUCCGCCACUACGGGCUGCGGUAUGAUGAUUUGUAUGAUGGGUAUUAUGAGCUCGACGUGAAGGAGGCGCUUAAUCGGCUGCCGAGGGAGAUUGUGGACGCGCGCAACCAGCGGCUCAAGCGCGCCAUGGACCUGUCCAUGAAGCAUGAGUAUCUUCCCGAAAAUCUUCAGGCUAUGCAAACUCCAUUCAGAAGCUACCUUCAGGACAUGCUGACUCUGGUAAAGAAAGAGAGAGCAGAACGUGAGGCUUUGGGAGCUUUGCCUCUUUAUCAACGCACAAUUCCUUAAGCAGUGCAAUUUUCCUUCAGCUUUGCACUUUU